ACACACCCUCGAAGUCGUACGUGCGCAUGCGCUUUACUUUUACCGAAUAUCCUGGCUUCUAAAUAAACGUGAGCAGCAGUCACAUGACUGAAAAAUCAAAACGCCUAGUUUUCUGGAAAUAGGUCGUUGAAGAAGACGGCGGAAACGGCGAGAGCUAGACACCAGCAGACAAGCCCACUCGGGAUCCCGUGCUUUGGUUGACCGAUAGACGAGGGAGAGAGGAUCACGUGAUGGCGUCGCCGAGCGAUGCAGUGGGGAGACGGCAAGCGACGGUGAAGGCGAAAGUUGUACUGUUGGGGGAGGGCGCGGUGGGCAAGACGUCGCUCGUGCUCCGUUACUCGGAGAAUAGGUUCAACGACAAACACGAGCAGACGCUACAGGCAUCGUUUGUAGAGAAAAGACUCAACAUCGGAGGCAAGAGAAUCCAGCUGGCUAUUUGGGACACUGCAGGCCAGGAGCGGUACCACGCUCUGGGACCCAUCUACUACCGGGACAGCCAGGGAGCUAUUAUUGUCUAUGACAUCACCGAUGAAGACUCGUUUCACAAGGCGAGAAACUGGAUAAAGGAGCUGAAGCGAAUGUUGGGGGACAAAGUGACACUUUGUAUCGUAGGAAACAAGAUUGAUUUGGAUCGUCAACGAACGGUUACCGAGAGAGAUGCUUUAGAAUAUGCAGAGUCGGUUGGGAGCCAAACACUACUACACUUCAGCCAAGCAGAGCAAGGGAAUCACUGAACUGUUCCUCGACCUCGCGAAAAGAAUCCUAGAAGCCAACCCUCCAUCGUCGUCAAUAGCUCCAGAGUCCCAGCGACGUGGCCCCACCCCCGCGGCCUCCCACCCUCCCUCCCAGCCCCGACAGAGAAGUACGCUAAUAGUGACUGACGACUCUGAGCAGUCGGCCACAAAACACGGCGGUGGGGGUUGCUGUAGUUGAUAGACCCUCACUCGCGUGUAGAAAUAGCUCUUUGCGCGAUUCCUCUACAGUUUUUGCUUGUCGUGCGGUUUUGGUUUCUAUGAUUAUUAAUAACCAUUGAUGUCUCCUGUUUGUUGUGUAUUUAAUUGCAUUCACACAUCACGAACUGUAUAAGAUCGAACUGUCGAUAACACAUCGAACAAAGCUUGCUGGAUUGGAUUAAGUAUUAAGUGGAUUCAUAAUUAUUAUGGGCAUGCAGAAUUUUUGUAUACAGUAUUGUGUGAUUGUUUUUUUGCAUCAACAGUGCAUAAUGAGUUAGCAUUAUACUACCUGGCCGUUGUAAAAUAUAAAUUUCGCAUCCCUUUGGCCAUCACGUAAAAAGUUAGCUCCAAUAGGAUCACCCAUUACAAUGUAUUACUACACGCCGUGAGGUU